AUGUCCACUCUCGCUCGUGAGCUCAAGCAAGGCAAUGCCAUCAUCACCACCGCCCCCUCCGGUACCUUCAUGGGGAUGCCGAAAGAGCUCCGCUUGGACGUUUACCGCAACCUCCUCAAAACUCAUUGCAAAAUUCGCACGUCCAAGUUCGGAUAUUUCAUCACCGGCCUCGACCGCCGUUCAGCCUGCACCGACGCCAGCACCUGCAAAUGCGGCAGCGUUCACCACUACAUCGACUUGGCCUGGGUGGAGGAUGGCGCACUGGGCAUAUCAACCAGUAUCCUCGGCGUCUCGCAACAAAUAUAUUCGGAAGCGGUCACUAUUCUCUACCGCGAAAACGUGUUCGACUCAAACGCCCUCAAGCUCAUCUCCAGCGUCAUCAACCCCGCCUCCUUCGACAUGAUCCGACACCUCACUAUCAAAAUCUCGAACCUCGAACAGGCAGAUUUGCCAUUCUCGACCCCGAAGGGCCUCAAAACAUCGACCAUCCUCUAUGACAUCUCCACCACCUCGUUCAGUGGGAGUGUCCCGGUGCGGGAAGUCAGGCACGACAACGUCGCUGCAAACAUCAAGCGCAUUCAGGCCGCUGUGGAGGUGAAGCCGGCUAUCCGACUCUUUCAGCUGCCGGAGAAGCUCGAUGGAAGCAUCAAGGAACGUCUGGAGGAGGUCCUUGCGUUGGUAUAG